AUGGCUUCUUUGUUUUUCUCGUUGUGUAAGCACGUGUUCCACGCUUGUGAGGACGAGGAAUGGGGAAACGAGAGCGAGGCGAUGCCGGGAGAACCUCGCACGCCAAGCUCAGGGGGCGAACGACCUGCAUCUAGUGGCGGCGCCUCGCCUGCUUCUGGGGGCUCACCGGCUGCUUCACCACCGCGACUACGCCUUAAUACGAGUCUCGCGACUGACCCUGCUUUAGCACCGCAAGCAACAUCGCUCAAACGUGAACCGCCCUCUCCGUCUCCUCCUCCGCCGCCUACACCAGCUACUCAGGCGCGUGAAUACAUUGCACUAACGGCUGCCGCUUUCCCUGGCCUGUUCCCGACAAACGCGGUGCCAGGCUACAUCUGCAAUCCAUGUGGUAUCAGAUACUCAUCUCUAAGUACGCUUCAAGCACAUCAAGCACAUUAUUGUGCGAACAGAAAACCUAAGCCUUCUGAGGCAACGGAUGCAUCAGCCUACGCGGCAGGUGAUGACUCAAGUGGAGAUUCAAAAACUUCAAAACCAGCAGGGAAGCAAUACGCUUGCACAUUAUGUUCGUACAGUGCUGACAAAAAAGUCAGUUUGAACAGACAUAUGCGAAUGCAUUCUUCGUCCCCUGUCAGCAGCGGGACGCCCGCACCGGCGACGCCCACGUCUAACGGUGAAGCGACUGAAAGUCCCCAAGCUCAGGACCGAUAUUGUACCGAUUGUGAUAUUCGCUUUAGCUCUACAAAAACUUACAGAGCACAUAAAGCUAACUACUGCAGCACUCGUCAAGUUGUCAAACAAGCUCUGCAAGCUAUUAAAGGAAGCUCUGUAACGUCGGGCUCCGCUCCUCCAUCACCGGGAGCGACACCACCAGCACAAAAUCAAUAUGCUCUGGCGUUACCCACAAAUCCAAUACUUAUCGUCCCGUAUACGUUACUGCGCAGUGCCAGCACGCUUCCCGGGGCGACGCUGCCGGAUCCGGAUACUCCAUGCUUCUUACUACCAAACGGUACAUUCCAGCCUCUGACUCACAUUUUACCCAAUAUCAAUACAGAUCCCAAAACACCGGAGGUCUUAAAAUCUGCAAAUCGAGCACGAGAUUCCUCAAGAGAUGGCACGACGCCUCUGGACCUCAGCGUGCGCCGUUCGCCGGAGUCUGUUGUGGUAGAUGAACAUGAAAAAGAAAACAGGGUUCGUUCAACGACGCCGGAACAAAUAGUUUGCGCGCCAUCGCUGCCGGGCUCACCCGGGACACCGUCGCCUUCCCGACGUUCUUUGUCUCCAGGCGGCGAGAGUUCUCCAAAAAGACGACGGCGAAACUCUAGAGGACCAACACCGAAACCACCAAGUGUACCAUCGCCGCCGGCAGUCCCACCCCCAAUCAUACCUCCCGCUUUAGCCAUACGGCUUGCCUCAGAGCUGCCAGUAGCUGCUAAAUCUCCUCAAGUUCUGGUCAAGCAAGGCGUAUCGAAAUGCAAAGAAUGCAAUAUAGUUUUUUGUAUGUACGAGAACUAUCGAGUACAUAAGCAACGUUAUUGCUCAGCCGGCGGGGGUGAAGAGCCAGCGAGCCCGGCGCCACCGGAGGCCGGGCCGCCGCCUCAGUAUCGACAACUGAUAUGCCUGGCCUGCGGUAUUCACUUCAGUUCCUUGGAUAAUCUCACAACCCAUCAAUCAUAUUACUGCACGAAACGUGAAACCCGAUCGUCGAGGUCCAUUCCAGAGUUACCGAGGCCGUCGUCGGGUACAGAGGGAGGAUGGAAGUGUCCGUGCUGCGACGUGGUGUCGCCGACAGCGGCCGCGGCUCAGCGCCACAUGGAGGCGCACGCCGGAGUGAAGGCGUUCAGGUGUACCAUUUGCCGGUACAGGGGGAACACCCUACGAGGCAUGCGCACACACAUACGUAUGCACUUCAACAACAAGAAGCCGGCCGAUUUACAGGAGGAGAGCUACAUAGCAUGCGUACUCGAAGACGAGAGCCGAGAAGCAACGUCUCCCAGUCCAGCAGUGGCAGGGGAGAGGGUCCAUCGCUGCAGCAGUUGCGCGUACACAUCCACAUACAGGGGCAACGUAGUGCGCCACGCACGAUUAGUCCACGCCACUGACGAGCCUGAUGAGGAACAAACCUCACCCCUUCCAACCGUUCCUACCCUGCCUGUAGACAUUAAAAAGGAGCCAGACAACGACGCCGAAGAGACGCCUAAUUACUGCAAAUCUUGCGACAUAUCCUUUAAGUACGUGAACACUUACAAGGCGCACAAGCAGUACUAUUGCACAGCAAACAAUCAAGACGCGGCCGCGAACAACAACGUUCCGACCCCACCCAGGGUUAACGACACUCCCGUACUAUGAACUGCGUCUGUGACAUAAUCGAUAAUAGUGAAGGUAAAAACCGUAAAAUCUUAAACCGAUUUAUGAGAUGUUUAUUUAGAAUUUUUAUUACAGUGCCAUCUGUUGACUACGAAUUGCAAAUAAUAUGUAACGAAUUCAAAUUCGUAUUUAUGUUGAUAAUAAGCAGUAAACAUUCGUUUUCUGUAUUUGCCUUUGCUAUUAUCGAAAACUAGAUCUUAUUAACUUCUAACAAAAAAUUCAAAAUUGCUAGCGAGAAUCGAAACGCUUUCGUUGCUUCAAAUCUAUUAUUCUUAAUCGUUAUUAUAUUAAAUCACGUUUCGGACGUUAUUAUGUGCAAUAAUCAAAACUUAUACAUAUUAUAUAAAUAUAAAUAUCCAGCACUGCAUAUCAAUGCCAAACAACUGUAAGUUCAGUUGAAUUGUAUAUAAUCAUAACUUUCCUCAAAUUUAGGUAUUUGUUAUUGUUAUGUAAAAAUAAUGUAGGAAAGUUGAAUGACUUCUUCGCAUAGUGUAUACGUUAUUAAAAAUAUUACCAAAUUGUAUAUAACUGUAAAGAUAUUAUUAAAUUGUAACUAAAUUUUAUUACCAUUUGUUCUUAGUGAUUGUUCUUUCUUUGUUGUUAAUUUUGUUUAAUAUUAAUUAACAUGUUAAGCAGUUAAUGCUCAAUUCCGUUUGCCUACCAGUGGUGUUGCCAACUAUUUUUUUUUUCUGUCAACUGCAAAAAAAAACAAAAAGCUUAAAGCUUUUUUACCUAUUGUGAACAGUUUGUGAUAAUUUACUAGAUUCAAUUGCAAAUUUGAGGCUAACUAAGUAUUGAUGAUUAUUCAUGUAAAAACUAAUUUAAAACACCCUUCAAUAAACAUUUUUCUGAUAGCAUUAUGAUAAUUGUUCCAUAUAUGAAUAUAAAAACGUUUUUAGGAUUUAAUAUUGUACCAUGUUUUGUCUAUGCCAAAGCAUCGCUAGAUUUUAAUUAGUAAUUUGCAUUUAUAGGUAUCUCACUAAUUAAUAAAAUUUAGAUAUAAGUGAAUACAAGACUUUGAGUAGAUGUACCGAUGUGUAUGUUUAAAAAUAUGUAUUCAUUUGUGUUUCGUCUUUAAUAUGAGUCUCGAAUUUCAGUGUUUACAAUAUUUUAAAGGUACAAUGUGUUCGUUUUUAAAAUAAUCGAUCUUCCAUUUUGUUACACUUAAGAGUCAUUGAUAUAACCUUUAAUUCUGUAGUUUAUUCGAAUCAAGAAGGUCCGAAAAUUGGCUGUCUACAUUGAAAUUUUACACAAAUGAUAUAAAAAA